AUGCUUCCAUUAUACUUGUUAACUGCAGCGAAAAACCAGCCGAUGUUGGUGGAGUUGAAGAGUGGCGAAACGUUGAACGGGCACUUGAUUAACUGUGAUUCGUGGAUGAACUUGACGUUGAGAGACGUCAUCCAGAGCAGCGCUGGGGGCGACCAAUUCUUGCUGAUUCCCGAGUGCUACGUCAGGGGAAACCAUAUCAAGUAUUUGAGAUUGCCAGAUGAAAUCAUGGACCAAGUCAAGGAGGCCAACAUCCAGAACAUGGAGCAGAGAAACUUCAACAGACAUAACCAGGGCAGAAACAACAGAGGCAACUUCAGAGGUAACAAAAGAUACAACAAUCAAGGCGGACGGAACCAGAACCAGAGCCGCGGUCAGGGGAACCAAGGGGGCCAGGGUGGUAACGGUGGGUACAACCGUGGAGGUUUCAACAACGCUACCCAGUAA